GUGAGGUCACAGGGAUAGGGACACAUUGGUCAGGAUCUGUAAAAGUAAAGUUGGAAAAAGUUUAAUAUCCCCCCUAAAUUAAAUGUGUAUAUAUAUAUUGUGACAGGCUUGUUGUUCCUACCAUGCUGGAGAGUAGGCAGCAGAGAACCAGAAAGGAAGACUCGAGACGCAGAGUAAAGGGUAUGUGCCGUCUGGCACAGUAUUUAAUUUAAAAAUACAAAAAUAAAUAAUAAAACAAUACAACAAUAAAACAAUAAAAACAGAACAAAACAAGCACAGAGCACGGCCCUCAUGGAAGCGACUCUCUGGUGCGCGCACGCUCCCGAGCCGCUGACACGCUGCUCUUUUAAACGGGCACCCGCCCCCCAGCUGGGCGAUCCCAGGCGGAGCGUGCCCUCCCCCACAUCGAAGUCCGUGUGCAGGGCAAGAGCCUCCAGGAUUAUUCACACCCUUGAAACAUUGGUCAGUACUACAGUUUUUUGAGUCAAAGAGUAAAUGUGAAACUUAAAGGAAAAAAACAACUCUUGUAAUGAAUAACCUUGUGACGCCUGUCACACAAAAGUAAAUAUUAUGUAAGUGGUCCAUUUAAGAGCACCACUUUUUAGCCUGCCCAGGUAUUCAAAAUGUGUGUUUGAAGUCAGAAUAUAUGAUACUUCGAAGUAUGCUUUCUGUUACCUUUUUAAGAGUGGGUUUUAGGAAACGUUGCCCCUUUAAAUAUGUUGGAGGACCUUGACCUUUAAAAACCCUGCACUAAUGCACUAUGGGACGGCACCUUUUUCUGUUGGGAGUUUAAACUCUGCUUAGUUUGCUGCUGAAGCUUUGCCGUCGGGUAUUUCAUGUGUACAGGUUUUCUAAACUUAGAUGUGUUAAUGCAAAACGGUAUAAAGUUAGAUGUAGACUCUGUUUAUCUAGCUUUAGUUUUUUCAGUUUUAGUCAAUGUUCUUUGUUUAGCAAACGUGGCUGGCACUUAUUUUUUUUCAUUGCUAUUAUCUGGAGGAAAACAAAACAUACCCAUGGAUUUUUGAUUACAGCUGUGUUUUUUGGACUUUGUUUGUCUUUCUGGAGUGCUCCUGAACAACCACACAAACCGGUGAGACCGAACUAAUUUAUUAUUAUUUUUGUAUGGCAGAUGUUUGUUUAAUUUCCUUUUACUUUAUUUUUGUGGUGGAUUUCAAACUGAAUUUUGAUUUUUUGGGUUUUUUCUAUUUUUUGUUUGUUUAUGAUACUGGACUAUAAUUUUGGGACAUUUCUUCUGGACAUUAUUUUUACUUAUUUAUUGCCUCUGUAGGCUUACCAGUGGAUUUACCACCAUCCUAUUUCUGUUUGGACUUAAUGUUAUGUGCAUGGGUCAGCAGCUACCCGAGUUUCCUUCUUAAGAAUGUAGACAACCCCGGACAGCUGGACCAGAUGAGCUUCAUGAUCGGACUGACCCCCGACCAGUGCAAGGGUAACAGUCCAGUCCAGUACCUGGAGAAGGGGAAAGAGCAGCAGCCUAGAGUCACCAAAUCGGUACAGGACUUCAACACCCCAUUGAGAGCCAACUACAUAGCAGUGCGUCCGGAUCCCGGCGUCUACUGCUCCGAGUUCAAGAUCUUGAAGAACCCAACAAACGGAUGGGACCUGCCUCCAGGCCAGAAACCCGAGCCCAUGACGGGGGCGGAGUGGCUGGGGGGGAAGCUAGAGCAGACCCUGCAAGGUGGCGGCUGCGUGGUCUUCUACACCACCAACUCACCCUGCCUGAAGCACUGUUUCAGCGACAAAUGCGAUAGAAAGAUCGACGAGCCCCUGUCGCAGAGGCCCUUCUCUCUGUGGCGCGAAGCGAGCAACGUGCACAUGUACUUCACCUACACCCAGCUCUUCGAUGGUGACGACGUGACACUCGUCCAGAAAGGUUUCUCUAACCUGAGGAACCUGGGCUUCACCAUCGAGAAGUGCCCUUACAAGCUGCAGCUGUCCUGCCCCGACUGUAAAGCCAUGACUGCCUGCACAGACUGCUUGAGCAAGACAACCUUCUGCAACAACUGCAAAGACAAGAUGAGGAAGUGCCAGAACUGCAAGUCUGUUGACUACCAGAAGACCUGCAAUGACUGCACAGAAUUUAAGGGGAAGUGCACCUGCGACAAUAUCCCCAAGGUGAAACAGUUGAAAUGCAGGGACUGUUUGAAUCACAGAAAUGACUGCUUAAAGUGCCAAAAGGUGUACUGCGACAACUGCUCUAAAGAUCAGAGUGAGUGCCUGUCAUGCGAGUACACCCGGGAACUUGCCUGCAAGAGUUGCCGAAGCAGACACCUGGACUGCUACAACUGCCUCAACCAGCGCAUCGAGUGCCAAGUGGAGAACUAAAGAAAAGGAGGUGAAAAAAUGAGCUCAGCUUUCUUGAUUUCUUUUUUACUUUCUUUUUUUCAAUGUUUGUUUUUAGUCUCUUACAUUUCAGUCCAUCUCUCUGCUUUGGUGGAACAAAAUCAGUCUGGUCAGUCAGUAAUUGGCAGUGCUCAAAAAUACAUACUCUAAAAGCACCCGGCUGGGAAGGUGCACCACUAUAGGCGACUCAGAGGCUUGUCUCCAACGCCACUUAUGCCAUUGCCAGCUUUGGCCGGGAGUUCCCAGAGGGCAGCGUGCAAUUGGCCAAGCACUGCAGGAUUAGGGAGGGAUAAAGUUGGUCAGGGUUUGCUCUUGUCCGUGGUUGAAUUUGUUGUAGUACUGUUGAUGUUUUUUAUAGCAUUUUACAGCUUGCUAAACCUUGCAAGUCACCUUGGAUAAAGGUGUCUGAUAAAUGUCAGCAAAAUUAAUAAUACUUUAUAAAGUCAUUAUUAAAUAUAUAUUACGUGUUAAUCAAAAGUUAAUAUAGCAUCAAUAAGCAGAACCUUAAUAUACAGCUUUACCAAGAACAAAAUAAAAUAAAUACAUAGCAAGCUAAUGCCUGCUCUCAUGUAUAGCGUAACCAGCAUGUGUGUUUACCCCUCUUGCAGCUACCUUGUUGGAACUGCCAUGCUCCUCUGUGUAAUCACCAUUAAACUGCAGCAAAACAGCA